AUGGAUGAGAAAGUCGUUAUGCAAGCCUCGUAUAACGAGGCUUCGGGGUUCAAGGGCCCGGAGAGUGCCUCGACCCCCAAGCGGCCCUCUGUUCGGAGCUGGGCCCUGUUGGUAUUGGGGAUGAUUGCCGGAAGCUGGUUUCUAUGGCCGCGCGACUGUCGCCACGCUCGCAUGCUCACCAUUGAGGACCGAGUGCAUCAAAUUCUGUCCAAAAUUCCACUGAUUGAUGGCCAUGAUGACUUCCCCUUUCUCAUCCGAGAGGACUUCCACCGCCACAUCAAUGCUCCGAACUUUACGGAGUCGUUCAUUCAUGGCACCCUCCCUGGGCACGUCGAUCUCCCUCGACUGCAGCAAGGUCGCGUGGGCGGAACCUUCUGGAGCGUCUUCGUGCCAUGUCCUGCGGACUGGACUGACUUUUCGGAUGAGAAUUACGCAGAGAGUGUUCGGAUGACGGUGGAGCAGGUUGAUCUCAUGUCCCGGAUUCAACGGGCCUACCCAGAUAUCUUCUCUGCCCCGCCGAACGGCACCACGGCUCUCCAAGCGUUCAAGGAAGGCAAGAUCAUCUCACCAUACGGUAUUGAGGGGCUGCAAUCAAUUGGCAACUCCUUGGCCCACCUGCGCAUGUUCUACGACUUGGGUGUGUCCUAUGCGACCCUCACACACAACUGUCAUAACAAGUACGCCGAUGCGGCUCUAGUGGAACAGCCGAAUGGGGGCCUCCGAAAAGCAACGCCGCUCUGGCACGGAGUCAGCCCAGCUGGCCAACAGCUGGUCUUGGAGAUGAACCGACUGGGUAUGAUCAUUGAUCUGGCCCACGUGAGCGCGAACACAAUGCGCGAUGUGCUGGGGGCGGGCAAGACUGACUGGGCGGGCAGCCGUGCCCCGGUCAUUUUCAGUCACAGCUCAGCGUUUGCUCUCUGUCCGCACCCUCGCAACGUUCCAGAUGAUAUUCUGGAACUGGUGCGGCAACGAAACUCGAUCGUGAUGGUCAAUUUUGCCCCCGAUUUCAUCUCCUGUCGAGCUUCCGAUCGGGAGGAUGGGCUGCCGGAGGUGGACCAGGAGCAUGCGACCCUCGCGCGGGUUGCGGAUCACAUCAUGCAUAUUGGCACUGUGGCCGGAUUUGACCACGUUGGCCUCGGUAGUGACUUUGAUGGGAUUCCUACCGUUCCCGCCGGUCUAGAGGAUGUGUCGAAGUUUCCGGACCUGAUCGCGGAGCUUUUACGUCGCGGCCUAAGCGAUGAGGAUGCCGGGAAGGUGGCGGGAGGCAACCUGCUGCGCGUCUGGAAGGAUAUUGACGAGGUGGCUCUACAUAUGCAGGCUGCUGGUGUUCUACCCGUCGAGGAUUGA